CCAGAGACAGCGCUUUUCCUUUCACCUGAGUAAACACGCAUGCGCAGCGUUCGGGAUCCCUACCUCCCUUUUCCUCUCUCCCUGCCUCUGUCAGUCCAGAACUUGGCUGCAAGCAGCACGAUUCUUGUGGAUGCGACCGGGAUCAGUUGACAUCGCUUCGCUGUAUAUUUGGACAUUUUUUAAACGGGACUUUUGCAUAGGAGCCGCAGCGCCGCUGAGUACGCGCAGUGGGCAUCUUUAGAUCUCGUAACCUGACCUUGGUGUCAUCCGAUGUUUCAAAUGCGAUGACCCAUCUUCAUCCUCGUAACUAUACCCUUCACAAUGGUCAGUUAAUCGGCCCACUGAUCUUACAGUCUGCCUCCAAACCCACCAUCUCCCCUGUCCUCGACUGCCCCAUCAGCAGCAGGGAUGCAUGUGAUGGGCAGCGUCUCGCAGGCCACUGGGAGCCAAGAUUUCUCUGUCCAACAAGAGGAUGUAGCUGUUACCGUGACAAUGUCUCUCCCUUCUCCUCCUCGUCCUCCAUCGAGGUAUGCUGACAUAGAAGAUAAGCAGAUGAAAUCACCUGACAUUCCUCCACCACCUCCCCCACCUCCUCCUCCCCUACUGCCUCUGCCACCAGAGCUUGGACACCCUGCUGGUGGGCUGAAGAAGAAAAGGAGGGUGAGGAGUUUUUUCUGGAAAACGAUUCCAGAGGAGCAGGUAAAGGGACGGCUCAACCUAUGGACUCAAGGCCAAGUGAAACAGAAAUACGAGAUUGACGCUCAGACUGUCGAAGAGCUGUUCGGUCAACAUGACGGUCAAUCAAAAACCCUGGCAACGCCCGCCAGGGGAGGGAAAACCAGCAGCUCAUUUAGAGAGACCAAACAGGAGGUUUCCAUCCUAGAUGCUAAGCGAGGGAUGAACAUUGCAAUUUUUCUCAAACAGUUCAAGAG